AUGAGCUCCAAAGUAGAGGUCGGCCCGGACAAGGAGACGGCCAUUACUGAGUCGUCCUCAGAUCACAAUGACACGAGUGUUGUCGAGUUCGGGCCGUCCAGGGAGAAGGCACCGUGGUGGUCCUACAUAUGGGAUUACGAACCUGGCCGGUCACAUGAGGAGCGCAAGUUCAUCCAGAAGCUCGACGUAUUCCUCAUCACAAUGCUGUCGCUGGGGUACUUCAUCAAGAACCUCGAUCAGACGAACAUUUCUAAUGCGUUUGUGAGCGGCAUGAAGGAAGACUUGGCGAUGAAUGGUAAUGAGAUCAACCUUAUUGACACAGCGUGGACGGUAGGCUACGUGGUUGGACAAAUUCCGUCCCAAAUUGUCUUGACCAAAGUCCGACCGUCUAUUUGGGUGCCAUCGUGUGAGUUGCUCUGGACUGUCUUGACAUUCUGUCUCGCUGCGGCCAAGACGUCGAAUCAUGUCAUUGCCAUUCGUUUCUUCGUGGGCCUGGCGGAGUCCAUAUUCUACCCAGCCGCCCACACGAUCCUUGGGAGCUGGUACAAGCCAUCGGAGCUAGGCAAGCGAGCUUGCAUCUUUCAUGCUUCGUCGGCUGCCGCUAGCAUGUUCAGUGGAUAUCUGCAAGCCGGAGUUUAUACUGGGCUCAACGGUGUUCACGGUCUACCAGGAUGGAAAUGGCUCUUUAUCAUGGAUGGAGUCAUCAGUCUCCCUAUCUGCCUUGCCGGAUUCUUCCUACUCCCUGAUCUUCCCGAGAACACGCGAGCGUUCUAUUUGAAUGAAAAUGACCGUACGUUAGCCAAGAAGCGGAUGGCACUGGUCGGACGGUCGCCUCGUGGUAAUCUGGGGCGGUCUGCCUUCAAACGGAUUUUCGGGCGAUGGCACAUUUAUCUUCUGUCUAUCCUGUAUAUCAUUUUCAUCAACGUUGGCCCAAGUUCCAGCGUGAACCCGAUGUCGCUGUGGCUGAAAGCAACAGGCCAUUCAGUGUCGCAGAUUAACAUCAUUCCGACGGCAGCUAGUGCUAUUCAGCUUGUCCUGACCGUGUCGUUCGCCAUCGUGUCGGACGCGAUAAGGCAUCGCGCCAGGGUUAUGUCGGUUUCGACGUUUUUGGGCGGGUUUGCGGCUCUAUGCUUGGCGAUAUGGAACAUCCCGGAUGGCCUCAAGUGGUUCGCGUUCCUCCUUCAGAGAGCAUCGAUCCCUUACGGACCGCUCAGCAUGAGUUGGGCCAACGAGAUAUGCGGCGCGGAUGCGGAAGAGCGGGCCAUCGUCAUUGGUGUCAUGAACUCGCUGGGCUACGCUUUCAACGCGUGGGUGCCUCUCCUGACUUACCCGCAGGUGGAUGCUCCCACUUUCCGGAAGGGCUUUAUCUUCUCGACGGUGGCCUUCGGCGCACAGGGGGUUGUCACUGCGACGAUUGCUUUUAUGUAUAAACGAGACCUGAAGAGGAAGCGGGUCGAGACGACACAGGACGAAGAGGGCGUGGUUAUAGGGCCUCCGGCGGAAUAG